UGGAUGUUUGGAAGAACACACACGCAUCAGAAUUGUGAACGCCGCUGUGUGUUCAACUCCUCACAGCCAAUUGGAUGUGACGGGGAACAAUGCGCCAGUUGUGUCAUGGGCAGCAUUACCCGACAGCUCGAGAAUUUAUGAACAUAUGGCAGCGAUGUAGCUUGUCGCUCGUGUGCAGAAGCAAACAGCUCGAGAAUUUAUGAACAGAUGGCAGCGAUGUAGCUUGUCGCUCGUGUGCAAAAGCAGUUUGCGCAGUUUCCCGGCGAAAUCGGUCUACAUAAACUGGCGACCUAGCGGAGCGGCGUGUCGGUCUUCUUUUUGGUGACAGCUUUCUUUCCACAACCAACCAUCUUGGGGAUUCUGAGAAGCGGAGUAUAAAGUGUUUGUGGGCUGUUGAAGUAAUUCACAGGUGUAUUACAGGUCAGGUUUACAAACCAACAGGAGGGAUACAAAUCUCCCAAAUAUUGACUAUGUUGAAAUGGUCUUUCACGCUAGCCCUAUUCUUACAGUUUUCGUAGAAAGCAACUUGUUUUUUAUAAUGGGAACAAUUACUGGUAAUUGAGUGCGCCUGGAUUUGAGAGAAAAAAGUUACGCUCGCCGCCAGCUGUAAAGUCACAUGACACACGCCCCUGAUCACGUGACCGCAGCAUACGAAACACUCCUCGUUCCUUUCUUUCUACAUGUGUUUACGACGUUCUUAUACCUCAGUGGUUUAUGGAGGAGAUGGAAGUCAACAUGAACACAUUGUUGGCAAGGCAGCUUCUACUGCUUUUCGCUAUGCUAGCGGAACUUUACAGAAUCCCUCCGCACGAGGAAGUCGCUAGGAUGGCUAGAUUCGUCGCCAACCAGUGCAACUGGGCUUCCAUGGCCACAAUAUCGACCCAUGAGCCAGUGCAAGGACAACCCUUCUCCAAUGCGUUCUCUACCAGUGACGGGCCAGUUGGGUCUGGGACUGUGCCCUACAUGUACCUCACCACUAUGGAGAUCUCUGUCCAGGAUUUAAAGGUGAACCCCCAGGCUUCGUUGUCCAUGUCCCUGGCCCAGACAGACUUCUGUAAGAACCAAGGAUACGACCCUCAGGAUCCCCUUUUCCACAUCAUCUUCUCUGGCUCUGUGCUGGAAAUUAACGGUACAGAGGCCACCUUUGCCAAGAAAGCCCUGUUCAGCCGCCACCCUGAGAUGGUCGACUGGCCCGACCACAACUGGUUCUUUGCCAAGAUGAACAUCACCAAAGUGUGGGUUCUGGACUACUUUGGAGUGAAGACAGUCACCCCAGAAGACUACUUCAAGGCUACACCCUUCAAGGCUACACCCUACAAGAGACACCACUGAGAGGACACCACGGUCAGUUUGGUGUGGAG